AUGGACAGGGCUGCAAGAUUCCUGGUUCCCCUGCCAACACUCAUGGGGCUAUUGAUUUUCCUGUGCGUCAGACCCGGGGCUGAAGGGGGGAAGGUGCUGGUGGUGCCCAUGGAUGGCAGCCACUGGCUCAGCAUGAAGGAGGCCGUGCAGGAGCUCCAUGCUAGAGGCCACCAAAUGGUGGUUGUUUCACCAGAGUUGAACAUGCAUAUCAAAGAGGAUUUUUUCACCCUGACAACCUAUGCCUCUCCGUACACCCAGGAUGAAUUUAAUCAUCUCCUGCUGGGCCAGACUUAUCUGAUAUUUGAAAGAACGCAUUUUCUAAAGAUGUUUUUGAAAGCUAUGGAAAGUUUAAAGAGUGCUGCUUUGGUUUUUCAAAGGUCUUGUGAGGAGCUGCUGCAUAACAAGGAGCUGAUCAGGCACCUGAAUGCCAGCUCCUUUGAGGUGGUUUUAACUGAUCCCGUUUACCCCUGUGGGGCAGUACUGGCUAAGUACCUGUCACUACCUGCUGUGUCUUUUUUGAGUUCCAUUCCAUGUGACUUAGAUGUUGAGGGGGCACAGUGCCCAAACCCUUCCUCAUAUAUUCCCAGGUUAUUCACAAUGAAUUCAGACCACAUGACAUUCCUGCAAAGGGUCAAGAACAUGCUCUACCCUCUGGCCCUGAAGUACAUUUGCCACAUUUCUUUCACUCCUUAUGCAAGCCUUGCGUCUGAGCUUCUUCAGAGAGAGGUGUCAAUGGUGGACGUUUUCAGCUUCGCAUCCGUGUGGCUGUUCAGAGGAGACUUUGUCCUGGACUACCCCAGGCCAAUCAUGCCCAACAUGGUCUUCAGUGGGGGUAUAAACUGUGGUCACAGGAAGCCAUUGUCUCAGCUGAAUGGGCAGGUGAGCAAGUGA